GAGUCAGAGAUAACGUUCGUACGCUUGAUAACUCUGCGAGAAAUCGAGUCUGGCAUGUUUUCGAUCGGUGCACCGAUGCGUCGCGAGGCAUCGCACGUUCUGCGCUAAUUCGAUCGCUCGUCGUCGUCGUCGUACGAAACUUCUUAUCAAGCGUAGAACUAUGAACUCUCUAUGAGAUCUCGACUGGAUUUCGCUGGGAGAGCUACCGAAUAGAAUCUAGAAUCUGCUGACGACGUUACGACCGAGAUGGAAAUUUGACCAUGAGGGUGUCCCGAGGACGAUAGAAUAAAAGACGGAAUACUUUGGUGGUUGGAGGGUCGGUGAUCGGAAAGGGGUGGCGACGGAGCUCCGACGAGAGAGAGAGAGAGGGGGCAAUCCCUGAUCGACUCUCAUCACCGUUUCCCAGACUUCGCGGGAUUGCGCACACGCGUGGAAUUCCCCGGGAAUCGGGUCUUUCCGGGUCUCUCGCGUCCUCUCAUUUGCUUCAUUCGAGCGCGACACGGCAACAGGUGACAGUCGCGCGAUCGGCAGGAUCGUCUCGAAUCUACCAGAACGUUCAACGAUUCACGCGCGCUUCGAUAAUUGCGAAAACGAUCGCCGGUUCCACUCAUCGGUCUCGCCAAGGAGUAGAAGAGUAAAGUGAACGAGAAUGAGCAUCGAGGACGCUAUCAACUACAAGGCCAGCGAGGAGGAGGAUUACUAUGCUCUCCUGUCCUGCGACGAAUCUGCCACCGUGGAGCAGAUCACGGCCGAGUACAGAGUGCUCGCGCUUCAGUACCACCCGGACAAGAACGAAGGCGACAAGGAGGCAGAACGAAAAUUCCAGCAACUCAAGCACGCGAAAGAGGUCCUCUGCGACCCCGAGAAGAGGAAUAACUACGACAAAUGGAGACACAGUGGCAUCGCCAUCAGCUACAAGCAGUGGGUCGGCAUGAAGGAUCAGGUGCACCAGUCGAUGCACUGGAGCACGCCGAAGACGAAGGACCGGAUGCUGCCGGAGUCCGAGGGUGCGACCAGUUCCCCGGGGAAGGUGCAAGCACCCAACGCUCACAGGAGAGCCUCGGAGGGAGGCGCAAAUAUUUAUUACGGAGCGCGUCGCGACGUCGGAUGGAAUUCUGAA